AAUCUAAUUUCAAAAAUAAAAGAGAAUAAAGCAAAGAUUAUUAAUAUUCUUCAUGGCGGAAGAGGAACUAGUGCUUAUCUCCACAAAGAAACUAAAGAACUGCAAGAAAAAUUAUCAGAUUAUAAAAAAUUAGAACAGUAUUUACCAAAAGCAAGAAUUGCAUUAACUCAAAUACUAAAUACUAAAAAGUCUUUCGCAGAUUAUAAACAAAGAAAGUUCCUUUACGAAGAAGACAACAAUAAAAUUUGUGAAGGUGCCUAUAAGAUUUUAAAUAGCAUGAAAGAAGACAAUUACCUUGGCGCGUUUGUUGCUAACCUAUCUUUAAUUGAAUUGGAAAAAAAUAUUGCUGAAAUUCAAAAGUCAACUCAGAGAUUAUCGCAUUCCACAUUUAAUUAA